AAAUUUUCGACAUAAAAAUGUUCAUUUCUCAUUUAGUUUUUAUGAUUCUCUGCUUCAAACUAGUAUUCACAACAUAUGAUUUGAGAGAUGGUCAGUUACCAUUAGAGAGAUUCCAAGUUGCUCAAAUUAUUGGUGGAAAUGUCAAAAAUUCAGAAGCUAAGACAGAUCAUCACAUCCCGGACAAGUUGAUCUUCCCACCAGUCAACUACUAUCAUUACCGUUUCAAAUAAUUUGAUUUUUGAAUGUAAACCCUAUAAUAAAUAACAUAUAUUUAAAAU